AUGUCUGCAGCAAUGCUUCAUGAAUCUAUCUGGUACGACAGACCGAAAUACGAGCAAGCAGAAGCUCAUUAUCAGAGAUCUCUCGCGGGAACUUUCUCUGUCUCGCAGUCACAUGGGUCGCCAGUAAAGGUACUUGAUAUCAAAAUCUUCAUGUUUUCCACAGCCAAUCUUUACUUUAUUUGGACUAUUUUCGUACAUGUACUGUAUAUAAUUUAACAAAACAAGAGAUAGAAUUGCGUUGUGAACUUUCGUAUAUUACAUGUUUUAAAACGUUAAUUUUACAUCAUGAGAAAAGUCCAUUCCUUCACUCAUUAUUUUUUUUAUUUAUAGCCGAAGGCAAUCAUAAUGAACAAAACGAAUUGUCAUACCUAGCUGAUUUUCUUUUUUGUAUAAGAAGACUUGCCUCUUCCUUAAAAUGAACAUUUAAAAUGCUUAGAACUCUUAUCUCUACAGUACAGUUCCUUAUGAUUUGAUGUGGGCUUCCUAACCCCCGUGCCACUUCCAUGUCUACUCCCCCAAGUAACUUUUACAUGAUGAUAAGGUGGCAUAGUUGUUUGCUGUACACUUUAUACACUCAUCAACAUCUGAUCUCGCACUUUCUUGGUUGUUCCACUUUUUAUGCGACACCCUCCCCCAAAAAAAGAUGACUGGAAAACGAACCCUCAAAUUUCAAUUGUUGCCCUUUGAAAAAUGAAAUCCAAAGGGUUUCAUUUGUUGUUGCCGCCGUUGAAAAAUUUGUCCGAAGGGACCAAAUUUUGUCGGCUACUUUGAAGUAGAAAUCCAAACCCCUAUUCAAAAACCUGCCAUCCUUAGGGGAUUACAAAAAAAGGGGGACAUCCCUUUGUAGAAGAUCAUCUCAUAGUCCUUCUAAGUUGUUAGUUGACACAGCUUAAAAUUUUAUAAUUCAAGGGGUUUCUUUUGAAUCAAUGAUAAUACAGCCUUCCACAGUUAGGGAAAAUCCGUCAACACCACUGGAAAGAGUGCCUUAAAAUUAAUAAAAUUGCCAAAUUUGAAAGUGAUACGUCUAAAGUGGGCUAAGAUAUAGCUUCGCAGGGGGAAGUUGUGAAAAUUUUUUAACAACAUUUGUAUGUGGGGGGCAAGUCCCAACUUUAAGGAGCUGUAUCUUGAUUAGUUUUGAACAAAUCACUUUCAACCUUGACAAUUUUAUUAAUUUUAAGACACUCUUUCCAUUGGUGUUGACAGAUUUUCCCUAAUAUCAAAAGUUGAAAAAAAUCGUGGAAGGUUCUUUUAAAGUUCUUGAGUUAAAGCAACAAUAACUGCUCCUCAAGAAACAAACAUGAUUGCUGAGAUAAACUUCAGUAGUCGUUGUUUAAUGUCAAAACCUUACCUAAAUUAAAAGUCACAAAAACAAAGGAAUACAUGUAAUCAUGAAACUAACACUGUAAAAAAUAUUAACAUAGAGAACAGUGUGAAGAAUUUGCUUGUUGGUUUUAAUGUAGGGCUGGAUUAAUAUGAACAGUUGACUCUUUCGUGAGAAUUCUUGCUGACUUGUUACAUUCUUUUUGCACAAGUUAGUGGUUUAUUGUAUUAGAUAAUGAAUUUGAACUGACUAGUUGUUGCAUUCUUUUUGCGUGAGAGCUGUAUUGUUUCACAUCAUAUUACGAACAUCCAGUCAUGCCGGAUUAGCCGAGACACUUUUUACAUUUUUUUUACAGCGUUUACGUGUAGCUAUAUGAAUCAUCAUUCAAUCCAAAUACUCUAACACAAUUUUUCCAACACUAGCUCAUUUCAGCCUGAAACACGUCUCUCUUUCACAUACUCAUUAAAUCUGCUGUACUUUUCCAACCAAAUUUUGUUCUCUCUUAGGCCUCAAGCUUUUCUCCAGUUCAAGAAAUAGCAAAAGCCCGAGAAAAAAUUCAUCAGACGCUUAGCUCGGUAAGCUAGUGUCUUAGCUUGCCCUUAAAUUUGCUCCAUGGCCAUCAAUCUACUUCUGAUCACUGACUUUAACAACCUAUCUAAAUAAACCAAUUUUUUUAAUAUAAACAUGUAUCUUACAACAGUUCUCUGAAAGCAAGAGCUCAUGGGAGCACUGAUGGAUUAAAAACCUUCACAUUUGGAUACAGUUGACCAGUCAUAUAGCUAGGUUUUAACCUUAGUUAUUUUCAACUCAACCUCAUUAUGUGUAUGAGUACUAAGACGGUUAAUUCCAUCUACUUUAGGCACCAACAUAUGCAUCGGCUCCGGCAAGUGGAGAUGCUCGUAUUGCUCAGCUAGAAGAGGAGAACAGGCAACUGAAGAAAGGUCUGACACACAUAAGAGAUUUAUAAUAAAUAAUUAAAAAAGUUGCUGAUUAAUCAAAUAAUGUUUACAGCAUGUCAUCCUUCUGAGACUAGGUUUGGGGAGUUGUGCUAAUACCUGUUAUCACCUGGUCAUCACAUAACGGUAUUAACCCUUAGUCUUAAAUCAUUUUUGAUAUUUGACUCUAUAGUUACUGAUGAGUUAAAGAAUGCACUGGAAAAACUAACAUUGCGAGUUACUCAGCUUGAGAAAGGUAAUCAAAGGACCAUAAUUAUCAUUGGUCAUUUUUGUUCUCUAAAAUUAGAUUUAACAUAAAGAAGAUUGCAUACAUGUAAGUAUUAGAGGGCAGCAAAAGAGGGAAGUAACAGUCUCCAUAGCAGCAAAGAUGUCACCAUGGUAACCAAGCCACAGCCAUCCUCCAGACACUACCAACACAUCACUGAGAAGUCAGUGUGUGGAGCUAAGAAUUUGGGAAUCAGAGACUUAAGGCAAUGAGAACAGUGACAGCAGUAAAAACAUUUUACUGACAAAUAAUUAAGUUAAUUUGCAUUCCUUUGAACUUUAUUACAUACCGGUAUAUUCCAUUACAUGAAACUCAUCAAAUGUGGGUGAAUUCUUCUGAAGUUGAAUUUGUUAAGGAUCAUAUGUUAAUAAAGUUUAUACAUGCAUAUUUGUUAAUGCUUAAGUGAAAAACACUAUACAGGAUGUUAAAAGAUCAAACGACGCAGACAGGAGUACAUUUAAAUGCUAUGGAGACAAGAAAAUGCGCUCCUGCCAUCUUGGAGCACCGCUUACUGAAGGUGGAAUUAUUUAUCAUUGACUGUGUGAUUAAAAUGUCAUACAUUGACAAAUUUCACAUCAUAGUCACACACACUAUAGCACAGAGAUGUACCAAAAGGGUAAUGCAUGUAAGGAGUUGUGUCAGCUUAUCAAGUUACCUACUUAAUUCUUUAGGAGUUUUUAUUUUCAUUGAUGUCAUUGUUGCCUAUUAAGCUCCCUAUUCGUAUUUCAUGACUGUACUGUUCUGUUGUUGGUUUUGAUCAAAUACGUUGAAGAAGGCAUAACCUUGUUGAUUUGAACAAGUUCUCUGUAAAUUUUUACUUACAAAGUAAAAUUUACCCCAUUGACAGCUACACACCAUUUUGUUGUAAGUGUAUCAGUUUCUGUAACUUGCAGUGUGUGAUUUCUUUUCUUCAUAGGGGGCAAGGCACAGUCCGAGCCAGCUUCAGCUGUAAGUUUUUAUAAUUUUUUCUGACAUUUGUUUAUGCAGAUCUUGAAAUGAAAGAUUUAUUUUUACAUAGAAAGAAUAAAGUAUAUGUCUACAUAAUUUCUAUAUAAGGUACGUGGGAGUCAAGGCUAAUGUGGGAGAUAUUAAUUUUUAUUAAAACAGCCUGCAAAGAUUUCCCUGCGAAUAAACGUUUUGAAUGUAAACUACACCUGUAAAUAAGGCCCAGUUCAGACGCCGCUCCACUCAUGUGCCGAACCUAACUGAUGAAUUAAGUACGGCAAAAGAGCGGCGUGUGAAUCAAUUUGGUACGGCAGUUUUAGUUUGGUGCGGCAAAAGUGCUAAGUUCGACAGAGUCUGUCAAACUUUUGUCGAACUUAACUUAAGGUCGACACACGGUACGCCGCCUGAAUCAGAUGUCGCGCCAGUGUCGCUCCAAAGUCGAACUUAUUCAGUUAGGUUCGGCACAUGAAAAGUACGGUGUCUGAACCAGGCCUGAGUGUCAUGAUCUGUAGGCUCGGACUGAAUGGCUUAUUAUUUACGCUUGAAUUCUCAGCCAUCGAAGGAGGAUAAAAAAGCUAAGGAGGAAGAUGAUGAUGACUUUGAUUUGUUUGGCUCUGAUGAGGAAGAAGAAGAGGAAGAAGUAUGUCAGAAAAUCAACAAGACAUUUCAUGUUUAACUCAAUGCACAGACGUCUAAUGUGUGUCAGCAUUUUGCACGAACACCGUACUUUGCUGCACCCUCUUUCUAUCUUGGGAUAUCUUAUCUUAGCUAUCCUGGUUUCUUUUGCUAGGAAAAAGAGGAGAGGAAGGCAAGACUUGCACAAUAUGCGGCCAAGAAAGCCAAAAGUAAGUAUUUGUACAAGUCUUUGUCUCUGUACACUGCUGUACCCUUCAAGUCCCAAUAGUGACCAACAUCAAUUUUCUCCCAAUGAUAUCCGUACAUUGCCAAGAGACUAAGUUAUGAGAAUUAAUAAAAUGAUCUCCUAAAAGAAAAUGCCUUGAUCUUUUGUCAAAUUCUCUCAACUCAUUCUUUAAGGAAAUAUAUAGAGAUCAGUUUGGAGAAUUUGUAUGUGGAUAUUGGGACUUAAAGGGUCAUCAUAGGCUUGAUAACCAGUCACUGCACUGUUUGGGAAAACAUGGAGGAUCAAAGGACUGGACUCAGGAGAGCGACGGCAAUCCAGCUUAUGCUCAACAGUGAUCAGUUCUUAACAGGAUUUUACUGUUGUCAACCUAAAGGGAAACAUUGACACCACUCCCACCCCCUGAAUUAAGGAGCUACCCUUGUACAAAAAAUAAAUAAAUAAAUAAAUAAGUAGUCAGGCACUUUUAUUCAAGGGAUCACAAUGGUAAAUUAUGAUUUUUACUGCUUAUUAUUCUGUUAGGGAAAGGAUUUUACCAUAUGAAAUUUAUCACUAUUUAUGUGGAGUAACUGAAUGUUAGUGAAUGAUUCAGUGCUUUCAAUAAGCACCCAUCGCUGACAAGAGUGUUGGUUUAACAUGCAACUACUGUUGUUUCAGAACCAGGAGUUAUAGCAAAGUCAAACAUUAUUCUGGAUGUAAAACCGGUACGUUUCUGUCAAGCCCAGAAAACCUUAAAUAUCACAAGUAUUUCAGAAGUGUUUAUUGUGUUGGUAUCAGUCACAAAAAAGAUCAGGACAUGCAAGCAAACAACACAAUCAGGAACUAAUUAGCAUUGUUUCUUGUGGUUUAGUGUCCUCAUGCCUAACUGACUUUUUCCUUCAACACAACAUUUCAAUGAUAUUUCUGAUUUAACCAUGGCAGGAUUAGCUUAGUUGCUAGAGCGCUUGAUUGCAGAACGGGAGGUCUGAUAUUGAUGGUGAUGAUAACAAUAGUGAUGAUAAUAAAAGAUGAUGUUAGUGAUAAUGUUGAUGAUUGUGGUGCUGAUGAUAACUUACAAUAUUAAAAUUUUGAUGAUGAUAACACCUGUUGAUUAAAUCAUAGCUGAUCAUAGUGGUUCAUUCAAUUAUUUAUACUGACUUGCAUCUAUUUUUCAUUUCCCAUUUUUUCUCUUCAGUGGGAUGAUGAAACAGGUAAGGUGAUGAGAUUUUAUGUGAAGGUGAACUCUGCUAUCAAAAUUGAAAUUCUCAUUUGUUGUCCCUAUACAUUUCCUAUAGAAGUAGAGGGGAGAAAUAAUUGUUGAAGUAUAAACCAGAUUUAUCUUGUGUGAUGAUGUCCUUUAUUUCCGUCACUGAUCUGUUUUAUAAAAAGCAUUGAUAUCAAAAGGAGAAUUUUGAUGCUGAUUCUUUCUUAGCGCUUGAAGGAUUAAGAGAAGCUUACUCAUAAUGGUCACUCAUACUAAGUAAUCUAAGAAAAAAAUACUCUAUCACUUUUAGCAGAGACUUAUAAAUAUCAUCGUAACAAAAAUUUUUGAUUGCCAGAACGAUGACGUGUAAAUGAAGCUGCUUCAAAUGUUAAAUAUUUCUCUUAUUUUACAGAUCUAAAAGCUAUGGAAGCCGCUGUACGUUCCAUCACAUGCGAUGGUCUUCUUUGGGGAACAAGUAAGUACCUGUACUGAUACAUAGGCGUCACUGUCACCAUCAUCAUCAUCAUCACUACCAGAAACACCACUGCCACUACCACAACCAGGACUGAGUAGCAAUACUCAUAUGCAUGCUUCAAGCUAAAGAAGCCGGGGUAAGCUCCCGGCCGUUUUGGCCUUUGGUUCGUGUGCGCCUUUACCUUUAGCACGAAGUGGACACCGGCAGGCUAUUGUCGUAAAGCUGGACCGAAGCAAACCUUUAGAAACUAGGGGGGUGCAAAGAUUUUAGGUAGCUCAUUGUAUUUGAAAAGCAGAGGGUUUGGGGUCUGGAUGACCCAUUGGACUGGUCUCUGUAUCUUAAAACCAGAAAAUGUUUCACCUAGCUGCAGAGACAUCAUUGUUUCAGUGCUCUGGGAGAUGAAUUUGUAUUUUCAACUUUUAUGCGUGCAUGUUUUGACUUUUUGCGGCAAAAAAACGGCGGCCCCUCCCCAAGCUAAGGCCCUGUAAAGGCGAUUCUUAAUCUCUCGCAUGUCUUAACUCUGUCUUUGUGUGUUUUAGGCAAGUUUGUACCAGUAGCCUAUGGUGUACAGAAACUACAAAUUUCUUGUGUAGUCGAGGACGAUAAAGUUGGUACAGAGUUUCUCGAGGAAAAAAUAACGGAAUUCGAAGAUUUCGUAAGUUUUAUUUAAACUCUUUGUUUUGACAGUUUCCUCUUCUUGAUACUUGCUCCUUUAAUAUCAUAUUUUUCGCUUUGUUUGCGGAGGUGUAAGUGGCCGAGCGGUUAACAACUAGAACUCCAGAUUUCAAAGCCCGGCCCGUCGCGUUGUUCCCUUAGAACUUUAUUCCGCUCUGUGUCUCGUACCCGGGUCUAUAAAUGGGUACCAGCAACAUACUGCUGGGAGGGAACCCUGCGAUGGAUUAGCAUCCUGUCCCGGGGGGGUGGGGGGUAGCAAUACCCCUCGGCAUGCGUCAUGUUAAAGAAACCCGGAUAAGCUCCAGCCGUUUGAGCCUUUGGCUCGUGUGCGCCUUCACCUUUUUAUACUCUGACAAGUGUUUUUCACUUAUUUUGUGACUCUUAACAGAUUCAGAGUGUGGAUGUUGCUGCUUUCAACAAGAUCUAACUACCUUAAUCUGUUGCGAUAAAAUGUAAAGAAAUAAAAAUCAUCUUAGUUUAAGGAGCGUCUGUUGGUUAGUUUCGCUACCGUUUUUUUGAUCGUCACACAUGGCUUCCCAGGAAGGUGAAUUCCGUGACGUCACAAGUAACAAAACAUAACAAGUUCGCAGGAUAAAGAAAAAAAUCUGAGUCCUUGAAUCUUGUCAAAUAAGCUUUUUGGCUUGAGCAAUUAGUUAAUAGUAAAUAGGCAGAGUUGCCUCAAACCUCUGUUUCAAAGCGAGGCUAAGUGCGACGCAGUUGAUUUGAUAGUGAUUUCUUAUUCUUAUGCAAAUAAAACUCAUUUUCAUAAGAAAGGUUUUUCAUUUCACCCGUCGAUUUAGUCAGAAGUAGGGGCGCUUCUCAGCAUGGUUUAAAUGCUUGCCAUUGUCCCCACGCGGGGAGCAUUGCGUGACUCCGACUCGAGCGUUUGUGAAGGAGACUAACGCUCUCCACAUAGGCUACUAAAACGUUGAGACCUUCUUUUCUUGUGUGAGGACGAAACGUCGUAGGCCCCAUUGCGUAACAGUUUCACUGAAUCCGACUCUUGUAAUGUUCAAUAACCCCUGAUGCCCAUCUAUCUCCAGGCUGCAAUUUACUUGGAUCCGAGCUCUCCUAUGUCGACUUUACGUAGCCUGCGUGGAAGGUGUCCAAAUUUGUUCAAUUUUUUUUUGUAUAACUCUUUUGUUCACUUGUUCAUCGCCCUGCCGUAAGGAUCAGCUUGCCGU